AUGGUUAUAUCGGAAACAGGAGAAGAUGGUGUUGCUUUGUAUUGGGGACGACCAGGAUACGAACCUAGGUCUCCAGCCAAUAUCAAACCAGACGAUGGUGGUAGAUUCCAUUAUGCUUGGCUACGUGACAACUGUCAGUGUCCAUCUUGCAUCUUGGAGAGCAAUGGCCAAAAACUGCACUCGUCUGCCAGUGUAUCUUCCACUGUCAAGCCUGUUUCCAUAUCUGUGGUCAAUACUAAUUUGGUCAUUGAAUGGCCAGCUGACAGCUUGUGUCAAUCAAACGGUGUUCCAGUAAAGUCAGAACCUCAUAAAAGCGAGUUUAGCAUUGAAUGGUUGCAGAGCAACAACUAUAAUCAACAGCCACGAUCUCCAUCAACAAUUCGCUCAAUUCGAUGGGAUGGUGCAUAUCUGAAAGCAUGCACUCAUCGAGUAUCGUAUGAUGAGUUUUUUAAUCACUAUAGUGGCCUCAGAAGUGUCAUACAGCAGCUACACGACUUUGGGAUCUGCUUCCUUACAGAUGUACCCACGGACGAUAAGCGAGUGGAGCAUCUAGCCAAGCGUAUGGGAUGUAUUCAAGAAACCUUUUAUGGAACAAGCUGGGAUGUACGCAAUGAGCCUGAUGCCAGUAAUAUUGCGUAUACAUCGCUGUACCUCGGACUUCACAUGGAUCUGAUGUACUAUGAGUCUCCGCCAGGACUACAGCUUCUUCAUUGUCUUCAAAACAAUGCCACUGGGGGUGAAUCUACUUUUGUUGACUCUCAUAUAGCUGUAGAAUUGCUCAAGCGAGAGUAUCCAGAUCACUACAAGACUCUCACAAAAGUGCCCAUCAUGUUCAAGUAUCAGAAAGAUCUGCACCACAUGCAGUAUCGUCACCCAACAAUACUGGAAAACGAUCAAGAUCUUGGCCUGCAAGUAUACUAUGCACCUCAAUUUCAAGGACCAUUGGAUGCCACACCAGACUUAGUCUUGCCCUUUUACGAGGCAUUCAGUGUGUUUGAAAGUAUUUUGAAUCGAAAAGAGUUGCUGUAUACUACUUUGUUGCGGCCUGGGGACUGUGCCAUUUUUUCAAACCGUCGUAUUUUGCAUGGAAGACAGUCGUUUGACCCACAGUCUGGUGUUCGACACCUUAAAGGAACAUACAUUAGUUGGGAUGAUUUCAAAGAUUUGGUUCGAAUUCAUCUCAUUUAA